AUGGCGAGCGCCACUGGCGCGCCCCUCCCCCCGCGCGUGGCGCGCGAGGUGGCGCGGGAGCUGAAGGCGCUGCAACAAAGCGCGCUCGACGGCAUCCGGGUGACCGUCCACGACGAUAGCAUCGCAACCGUCCAUGCCGAGAUCGACGGCCCUGAGGGCACGCCAUACGAGGGCGGAGUGUUCCGCAUGAAGCUGCUGCUGGGGCGGGACUUCCCCAACGCCGCCCCAAAAGGCUUCUUCCUGACGCGCAUUUUCCACCCCAACGUGGCCAAGAGCGGCGAGAUCUGCGUGAGCGUGCUAAAAAAGGACUGGAAGGCCACCCUCGGACUCAAACACGUCUUGCUGGUGGUGCGCUGCCUUCUGAUUGAACCUUACCCCGAGUCUGCUCUUAACGAGGACGCAGGGAAGCUGCUUCUGGAGGAUUAUAACGCGUAUGCACGCCAUGCCCGCCUCUUCACAUCCAUCCAUGCCGCCCCUGCCUCUUCCUCCGCCCUGACCUCUGCCGGGAAAGCCAAGCAGCAAGCUCAGCAGUCGCAACCGCAACAGCAGCAGCAGCAGCAGCAUGAGCCGGGAAGGCAGGAGGCAAAUAAUCAGUCCCCCAGCAAGAACCAGCAGAGAGCAUGCACACAGUCGGCAACAGCAGCUGACCUGCUUUCGGACUCUGGCCGCGCUGCUUCUUCUCCAGCUGCUGCAUCUGCACCCCCUGCCACUCCCACUCCCUGUGCUCCUGGUGCUGCUGCCACUGGCACUGACACCGCAGUGAGUUCUCGAGAUUCCAGCAGCACCACUCCACCUGCCCCGCCUCCCAGCACGUCUGUUGUUGAUCGUACUACUGGCAAAAACCUGGCUGGCAGUGCCAGUGUUUCGUCAGCCCAUCACACGCCCCUGGCCACCAAUCGGUCGCUUGCAAAUGCUGACUCUAGGCGGCAGGCAAAGGAAACGGGAAACGGGUCAGCGGCAGCAGCAGCUAUGGGGGAGCCUGUGGCAGCAUCGAGCACGGGUAGUGGCGUGGUGAAGGCUAAAGGGAAGGGGGAGAACACGGGCCGGGGUGGGGGAGAGAAGAAGGCUGACUUGAGGAAGAAGAGCCUACGGCGACUGUAG